UCUGAUUAUGGUGUUGCAGAGAAAAGAAAUUAAGCUUGGGUUUCCAUCAAUGGCGGCUGAAACAAUGAGAAGCGGCGGCAAUGGCGAACUCGUCGCCGUAAUUUUCGGAGUGACAGGGUUGGUCGGAAAAGAGCUGGCGAUAGCCCUUCUGGCAACCGCUGGCUGGAAAGUCUACGGCGUGGCGCGGCGGCCAGACAACGUCAGCCCCAUCGCCGAUCCCAACUUCCACUUCAUCUCCUGCGAUUUGCUCGACCGUCGGUCAACUUACCGGAAUCUCUCGCCGCUCCGCCACGUCACUCACGUCUUCUGGAUCACCUGGGCCGCCCAGCUCCGCUUCGACUCCCGCGAGUGCUCCGACCAGAACAAGGCCAUGUUGGCCCACGCGCUCGACGCGCUCCUCCCGGCGGCGCCCUCCCUCCGCCACGUGUCUCUCCAGACCGGCGUCAAGCACUACGUUUCCCUCACCGGCGGCGGCGGUGGCGGAGGGGAAUCUGCCGUUUUCUGCGAGGACAGUCCGAGAUCGGAGUCCGGGAACAAUUUCUACUACGCGUUGGAGGAUCUCCUCCGUGAGCGGCUGGGCCGGAGGGUGGCGUGGACCGUUCUCCGGCCGGGUCUGAUUAUCGGGUCAUCGAACCGGAGUUUCUUCAAUUUCAUGGGGAGUUUGAGUGUUUAUGGCGCGAUUUGUAAGAAAUUGAAGCUGCCGUUCGUGUUCGGCGGCACCGCGGAGUGUUGGGCGGAGGUUUAUAUUGAUGGAUCCGACGCUCGGCUGGUUGCCCACCAGCACAUAUGGGCCGCCACCAAACAUCUCCCGCUAAAUGGCACGGGCGAGGGGGAAGCUUUCAACGUGUGCAAUGGGUGGAGCUUCAAGUGGAAGGAGAUAUGGGGCGCGGUGGGGGAGAAGUUCGGGGCGGCGACAGAGGACGUGAGGUUUUCGGCGGAGUUCCGUUACACGGCGGCAAUGGCGGACAAAGGGAAGUUGUGGGCGGAGAUAGUGGAGGAGGAAGGGCUAGUUCCGACGGAAAUGGAGGAGCUGGCCAAUUGGGGAUUCUUGGACAGCUUGUUUAGGUUGCCGGAAAAAAUGGUGGCCAGUCGACAAAAGGCUGACCAAUUUGGGUUUACUAUAAAACACAACAUGUUGGAUUCCAUGUUCCAUUGGAUUGAUGUCAUGAGACAUGACAAAUUGAUUCCUUUCCCUUAA